AUGUUGUUCCCCAUUCCCAAAACGACCGCCACUCCCACGGAGGGAGAGGUGAAGAUCCCUUUGCUGUUCUUCGUUCAACGCAUUCAACGGUAUGAUCUUCAUUCACACACCCCUUUACCAUCAUUGAUCUACGAGGUCCCCUCAGACGAAGAGGCCAUGACCUUAGUAGAUGACAACUACAGUUCUGAUGCGUUGUUUGAAUGGAAUUCCGAGCGACUGGACCUAGACGGGUUCAAGAAGUUUGUUCAAGAGUGGCGCAAUCGCUACACCUUCCUCGACUUCGAAUUUCACGAAGCCCUUGCCACGCCUGAUGUCAACGACGAAGAGGGACGUGGAGGCACGAUCGGCUUCGCGCUGAAGGGACGCGUCGUGUCCAAGGAUGACGGGAAGAUGUAUGGAGGAAAGGCACAUGCCAUCUUCAAGGUCGAAUGGAUUGGAGAUCGUCGGGUCAUCACCAGAAAUGCUCAGGUCUUGCAGGGACCCUACGUGGUUGAGGAUGAAAGAUAAGAUAUCCGGUCACAUGGCACUUUGUCAGAGUGGACUGAUGAUGUUGGCCUGAUGGGAGUCCAUAGCCGGAAAGCCUUUCAAUUAUAUGUUUGGUUACAAGUGCUAUCGAACUUGAAUUCAUGUUUACAUUGCGUAGGCCCGAAUUUGAGAAGGACUAGUUGUUAUUCCUGAUCGCUCUCCACGAUCGCUAAUGCCAAUACUCUCGGAUGGCUGAUCCAAUUCUAUGUGCUAAAGCAUCCUCCAAUUUUGAUUACUUAACUAAGUAAUUGGUAGCACC